AUACAACUCAUUCGCUAUCCAAUUAGGCCCGAUCGGGAAGGAACCUAACCUGUUUUCAGGUAAAGAAGAAGCGACCUUACGCCAGGAAAAGGAAGGUGGAAGGAUGAAGAAGAAAGCAGAGUUGGUGUUCAUCCCAGCGAUGGGAAUCGGUCACCUUGUCCCAAUGAUGGAGUUUGCCAAACGCCUCCUCAAUCGAGACGAUCGCUUCUCCAUCACCGUCUUCCUCAUCAAACCACUCUUUGUUUCGUCAGAAUACAUCUCUUACACCGAUUUCCUUGCGGAUUCCGUUCCCCGGCUCCAAUUCAUCCACCUCCCGGAGCUCGACCCGCCUCCUUCAUCGUACAAUCUCGGAAACCGAGGCAGCCUCGUAUCUGUUCUCGUAGAAACCCACAAGCAACUCGUCAAGCACACAAUCACCAAUCUCUUUUUUUCCAACUCGGACUCUGAGUCGGCUCAAACUCGAGCUCCACUUGCAGGGUUAGUCAUCGAUCUUUUCUGUUCCACCUUGAUCGACAUCGCCAACGAAGUCGACGUCCCUCCCUACAUUUUCUUCACCUCUACUGCCGGAUUUCUCGGUCUCUUACUCCACCUCCCUGAACUCGACAACCAGAUCAACACCGAUUUUAAGGACUCGGUCACAGAGUUGAGUAUUCCGAGUUUCACUAACCCAGUUCCCCCCUUUGUGUUGCCGUUGCCUUUGUGGAGCAAAAAGGACGACGGCUACGACUGCUACCUUUAUCACGGCCGAAGGUUUACAGAGGCGAAGGGUGUUAUCAUAAACUCAUUCGCCGAGCUCGAACCCACACCGCUAAACUCGUUCUCCAGUGGUCGAAUCCGGCCACCGCCGGUAUACCCUGUUGGACCGUUAAUUGAUCUGUAUGGGCAGGGUCACAAUCAGAACCAGUUGGAAGAAAACAUCAAGAGUUGGCUAGACGAUCAGCCACCUUCCUCUGUGGUUUUCCUGUGCUUCGGAAGCAGAGGAAGCUUCAAUGCAGCGCAGGUGAAAGAGAUUGCGAUUGGGCUUGAGCGGAGCGGGCAUCGUUUUUUGUGGGCCCUACGUCGGCCGCCGGAGAAAAAUAAACUUCACCCGCCGACCGAUUACGUGAAUAUUGGAGAGGUCCUACCAGAAGGAUUUUUAAAUCGGACGGGGGAGAGAGGGUUGGUGUGUGGAUGGGUUCCACAGACGGCUGUGCUGGCCCACCGAGCGAUAGGUGGGUUUGUGUCACAUUGUGGGUGGAACUCGAUACUGGAGGGCAUGUGGUUCGGUGUGCCCAUCGCAGCUUGGCCUUUGUAUGCUGAGCAGCAUCUGAAUGCGUUUGAGAUGGUAAAGGAGUUGGGAGGAUUAGUGGUGGAGUUGAGGUUGGAUUAUAGGGGAGGAGAAGAUUUGGUGAUGGCAGAGGAGGUGGAGAGAGGGGUGUCGCGUUUGAUGGAUUCUGAUUGUGGGGUUAGGAUGAAGGUUAAGGAAAUGAUGGAGAAGAGCAAGAGUGCUUUGAUGGACGGUGGAUCUUCAUUUAAUUUUCUUGGAUCCUUUAUUAAGGAUCUAAUGGAUGAGGACUGAAGUGGGGAUUGAAUUGGCCCCAAUGAGAUAGCAGAAUGAUUUUGGGGUGACAUGAAGUUAGUUUUUUUUUUUUUUAAUAAAUAAAUAAAUGUCAGUUAUAUAUAGCCACCGCUAUAUAGAUGAAGUAUAACAUAUUAUAAUAUUACAAAUGCUGAGGUAAGGUAAUA